AUGUCGGAUAUGGAUGAUGAUUUUAUGUGUGACGAAGACGACGAUUAUGAUUUGGUAAGGCUUUUGGAUUUACUUGUUUGGCCGAAUCUGAACUGUCAGGAGCUGAAUGUAGAAUUUGAAAGAUGAAAUUGUACCUGUUAAUGUUCUCUGGACGAGGUUAAAGUACAUCUUGCUACCCAGAGCGGAUCUAAAAGCACAUAUCACAGCCAGGAAUUUGGGUCACCAAGAAAGACUUAAUAAUAUAGGGUAAACAGGCUUGUAGCAAGCUUGUCAACAAGUUGUAACAAUGCUGUUAUUUUAUCAAGUUGCUACAAGGUUGUCACUCACAACUUGUUGACAAAUCGUUGAAUUGCAGGACGAUAACAAGUUGUUGGAACAACUCGUAACAAGUCUGCUGAGCUCAACAACCUUGUAGCAAGUUGUCGGCUUGUCAACAAGCUGGUAACAAGCAGUGCGAACAAAUCCUGCUGACAAGUUGUUGGAACAGCAUUGCAUGCUACAAAUCUGCUGCUGCAAGUUUGUUACAACUUGUGAAUUUUUACGUGUGUAUAUCAAAUGAAUGCUCUCUAGGAAUACGAAGAAGAUACAAACUCGGAACCUGAUGUGGAUUUAGAAAACCAGUAUUAUAACUCAAAAGCAAUGAAAGAAAAUGAUCCCAACGGUGCUUUGGGAAGUUUUCACAAGGUAAUAAUGCCACCUUAAUUAAGCAUUUCUCAAUAAUUGUGCAGCACUUUUCAAUAAAAAUUGAUAAUAUGUAGUUUUUAACUUUGAAUUUUCAUUUUGUCUGAAAAGGUUUUGGAUUUAGAAGAAGAUAAAGGGGAAUGGGGAUUUAAAGCUUUGAAACAAAUGACAAAAAUUAACUUUAAAAUUGUAAGUUGCUACCAUUUAGUGCAACCUAUUAUUUUACUUUUAUAACUUACUGCAGAUAUACAAUAUACUAUUUGUUAAUUUAGGGAAACUAUGCAGAAAUGAUGCAACAAUACAAACAACUUCUUACUUAUAUAAAGGUAUCUAGAACCACUGUCAAAAUCACCUGAACACCAUCAUCAUCAACAUCAUCACCAUCUACCAUCACUACAACUACCAUCAUCACCAUCAUCACUACAACUACCAUCAUCAUCACACCAUCAUCAUCACCACCAUCAUCAUUGAUUUACAUAAAAAAUACAAAACAUUUCAUUCCAGAUGGAGCUACUCCAAGAUUUCUAUGAAACAACUUUAGAUGCUUUAAAGGAUGCAAAAAAUGACAGACUAUGGUUUAAAACGAACACUAAAGUGAGAAGGAAAUAAAUCUUGAAAUUAUUGAAGUUUUUUUAUUUUGGUUGACCAAUUACAGUAGCAACCAUUGCUCUUCUGCCUUUUUUCUUCAGCUUGGAAAAUUAUAUUACGACAGAGAAGAAUUUGCAAAAUUGUCAAAAAUUCUGAAACAACUUCAUCAGUCUUGUCAGGUAUAGCGUUUGUACAAAAAUGUUCAUCAGUUGAAGUGUUCAAAAGUUUUGUAUUUAUUAUAAAUUCAUGCCCUGCUAGGCAGAGGCUUAAUUAUAUAAAAUCUCUUUUCCAAUGUAGACUGAUGAAGGUGAUGAUGAUUUAAAGAAGGGAACGCAAUUGUUAGAAAUUUACGCCUUAGAAAUUCAGAUGUAUACUGCACAGGUGAAUAAAAUGGACACCGUAAUGAAGUUUUUCCCUACUGAGUGUGGCUACUUUUACACUAGGAUAACUUUCCGUAGCGACGUGAAAAACAGCUAUCCGUACCUUUUAGGAACGCUAUUUUCAGAAGAAUUAUUGCAACGGAGAGAUGUUGUUUCUCUCAGCUUUUGAAAGUUGUCAUUCCGUAUCGGAUAGGUGCAUUUUCGCGCCAGGGUUCUUGUCCUGUAAGAGCCAUUCCAGUGUUGUCGAGGGACUUUUGUUCCCUGAGCAAACCUGUUGUGUUUGGUAGAGCCAAACUGGACAAUUACAAACUUAGUUGGUGAAACCAACAUGUGGCACAACACUCAUUUAAACACACUGUAAAUCUUAGCGUACUUUCUGACUAACGAUGUACUUUUCUCUUUAUGACAGAAAAAUAACAAGAAACUCAAGGUAUAUGAAGAACUAGACCUUACAUCUCUUUUUAGACAUUUUGCGUGCAUGCAUUGUUUGAUUUAGACAAUUACUGUACUCGUUUAUUUUGUAGAAAUUAUACGAAAAGUCUCUUCAUAUUAAGUCUGCAAUUCCACAUCCUUUAAUCAUGGGUGUCAUAAGAGGCAAGUAUUCGAAUUCGUUGUUAAAUCUUUACACAUGAAAUGACUUGAGUUUCGAGUGAAAACUAAACUCACGAUCUUCCAAGUGAAAGGCACAUUUGUGCAGUGAACACAUUGCUAGUAUCACGCCGCAAAAUGGUCAUUGCAUCUCUGAAUACUUGUGUGAACAGGUGGAAUCAGUCCAAAAACGAGCUCUCCGCAUCAUAUAUGCAAGAAUUCUUCAUAUUCGGAAAACAAGGAGAUUAUUACGUUAAUGUCACUCAAAGACCGAAGAGGAAGUCUAUGUCGUAAAUAUCUUAACCGAGUAAAUAUGCCAAGCAAUCGCCUUUUUAACCUUUUACCAUCUAGUAGUCGGAACAUCAAUAUAACUUGAGAAAUGAUCGCCUUCCGUCUAUUAAGACUAAAACUGAACUUUUUAAUAAUUUUAUAUUCUCUUAUAGCUUAUUUUGAAUAAUGUAUCUUAGUUAAUUUCGUAUAAUGUAAAAACGUGUAAUUCAAUCUUUGAUUGCAAAACUUUUUUUUAAAAAAUCAAUCAAUCAAUUUCCUUUUUAAUUUAAAAAACAACAUCCUGUUUGUUCUAGAAUGUGGCGGGAAGAUGCACUUACGCGAGGCCGAUUACGACAAGGCACACACAGAUUUUUUUGAAGCUUUCAAAAAUUACGAUGAAUCAGGAAGCCCAAGGUACAAUAUUGUACAAACGUUAUACCGGAUAUCUCUAUCAGUUCUAAGCUGUUCUCUGAGCAGUCAGUACAUGAUUUUUAACCAAUAUGUGGAUUAAUAGCACACUCAGUAAUAGUUUCAUUUUCUAGGAGAACAACUUGCUUGAAAUAUCUUGUGCUUGCUAACAUGUUGAUGAAAUCUGGUAUAAAUCCCUUUGAUUCACAAGAGGUGAACAUCGGUCGUUUACAUUUCAUGUUUAACAUUUUGAGUAGCUUCUUAUGUCACGAAGAACUCUGCCAAAGUCUCUUACUGUUUUCAUAUUUCUUAGGCGAAACCAUACAAGAACGAUCCAGAAAUCUUAGCAAUGACCAAUUUAGUAAGGUAACUGUUUUAAACAAUUUUUGAGGAACAGUAGAGUUUUGAACAUCGAAAUUACACUUUCCACUACCCUCCGUUUCAAAAAGGAGCUCACGAGUUCAACGUCAUCAUCUGAUAUAUUAUUUUAGCGCUUAUCAGAAUAACGAUAUCAACGAAUUUGAAAAAAUCCUUAGAACAAACAGGUGAGAUGUGAUUAUUAUAAAACGGAUAACACCUAUAAUCUUAAAAUUAGAAAAACUGACAUGGUGUUUCUUAAACCGAAGAAAGUCGGAUUUCGGCAAGAAGUGCUUUACUAUAAUUGUGCUGCACUUUGCAGGGAAUUAGCUACCUUACGAGGCGAAAAUUACCCCAUUCCUAAGUACCUUUCAAAUUAUUAAACAAGGAAUGCUUUGAAACUGGCUCAUCAAUUUUCAUCUUUGAAUCUGUAUAUGAUAUGUAUUUUCAUAUGUGAUAUGCAUACUUAUUUUUAGAAAGAAUAUAAUGGAUGAUCAAUUCAUUAGAGAACAUAUAGAAGGUUUUUGAGUUUGUUAUUUAAACGAUUCCUCCAGAUUUUUGUAUUGUACGAAUAUCUCAUUCAUGUAUUAUAAUGUAGUUCUCUUUUCAACUUAGAUUUAUUGCGUAACAUAAGAACACAAGUUCUAAUAAAACUAAUCAAGUAAGCUAUGCUGUCCUAUAAUUCUCUUUCAAUGCAAAGUUGGAAUCCUAUUUCAAUGUAAAUGUAGAUUCUCACUAACAAAUUAUGUCACUUGGGAAAUAUAAAGAGACGUUCUGCUUGUUGACAGUUGUUGUAUCUCUUUGCUGUCUUCGGCGUUAUCUACAGCACACUGGUACGACCAGUUCGAGAUUGUAAUAUUACACCAUAUCAUAUUUUACAUCUUGCAGGAACUAAAUAUACUUGUAUUUUGGAUAGGUAAAAUAGAAAAACAAGACAAUUUACUGACAUUUGCCCUUACUGGACCUCUAGGGAGAACAGUCCCUAUCCAGUAAAGAAUGGCUCUUACUGGACUUCCGUGCAGUAUAAAUAAAGUUGUUAGUUUAGUUUAGGUCUCCUCAUAUAGGACUUAGCCACGAAUGAAUGCCUCUUACUGGACCUUGAGGAAGAACAGUUUAUAACUGAAGAGCUAUCCAGUAAACAUAAAGUUAGUUUAGUUUAAAUCUCCUCUUGUAUAGUAACACUGGAUCAAUAAGAGAUGAUCCUUACUGGACCUCUAGGAAGAACAGUUUAGAACUGAUAGAGCUAUCCAGUAUAAAUAAAGUUAGUUUAGGUUUCCUCCUGUAGUAACACUGGAUCAAUAAGAGAUGACCCUUACUGGACCUCUAGGAAGAACAGUUUAGAACUGAUAGAGCUAUCCAGUAUAAAUAAAGUUAGUUUAGUUUAGGUCUCCUCCUGUAGUAACACUGGAUCAAUAAGAGAUGAUCCUUACUGGACCUCUAGGAAGAAUAGUUUAGAACUGAUAGAGUUAUUCAGUAUAAAUAAAGUUAGUUUAGUUUAGGUUUCCUCCUGUAGUAACACUGGAUCAAUAAGAGAUGAUCCUUACUGGACCUCUAGGAAGAACAGUUUAGAACUGAUAGAGCUAUAAGUAUAAAUAAAGUUAGUGUAUGUCUCCUCAUGUAGUAACACUGGAUCAAUAAGAGAUGGCCCUUACUGGACCUCUAGGAAGAAUAGUGUAUAACUGAUAGAGUUAUUCAGUAUAAAUAAUAUUAGUUUAGUGUAGGUCUCCUCCUGUAGUAAGACUGAGCCACGAAGGAAUGUCUCUUAUACUAGACCUUGAGGAAGAACAGUUUAUAACUGAAGAGCUAUAUGCAGUAAACAUAAAAUAAAUUUAGUUCAAGUUUGUAAAGUGUAAUUUCUAAGUACGUUAUUUCUCCAACAGUACAAUACCAGGCAAGAUAGACCAAGUUAACCAACUGUUGGAACUCGAUAAAACAUCACAAGAAACUGCAAGGUAUAUUUUGGUUUCUUCAGUUGUGAUAAUUUAUACUCAAGCUUGAACUUCACUUGUACUCAUGAUUCUUACUUCGUCUUUUGACAGGUUUACAGCGCUUGAUCGUUGGACAACGCAACUAGACUCCUUAAGCUCGGCGGUCGUCAACAAGAUAACGUAGUCACUAAGCAUUUGUGAUGUACAUUUUGUAGCUGAAAUUUGUGUAAUAAAUUCAUUCUUUGUA